GCACCGGAAGUGGGGGCGCUGCUGCUGCUGCUGGUGCUGCUGCUGCUGCUGCUGCUGCCGCCGCCGCUGCUGCCGCCGGGGCCCGGGAGGGACGCGCCGGAGCGGGGGCCGCAGGGACGGAGCGAGCGACACACGCGCCUCUCGCCGACGCCGCAGCCGCCCGGGGCCCGCACGGACCCUCCGCCCGAGUGUAGAAUGAGCCAAGGAGACACCAACCCAGCAGCUAUUCCACAUGCGGCCGAAGAUAUUCAAGGGGAUGACAGGUGGAUGUCUCAGCACAACAGAUUUGUCCUGGACUGUAAAGACAAAGAGCCUGACGUCUUGUUUGUGGGGGACUCCAUGGUGCAGCUCAUGCAGCAGUAUGAGAUAUGGCGAGAGCUUUUUUCCCCGCUUCAUGCACUGAAUUUUGGAAUCGGGGGAGACACAACAAGACAUGUUUUGUGGAGACUAAAGAAUGGCGAACUGGAGAAUAUUAAACCGAAGGUCAUUGUCGUCUGGGUAGGCACAAACAACCAUGAAAACACUGCAGAGGAAGUAGCCGGUGGGAUCGAGGCCAUCGUGCAGCUCAUCAACACAAGGCAACCGCAGGCCAAAAUCAUCGUGUUGGGUUUGUUACCUCGAGGGGAGAAGCCGAACCCCUUGAGGCAAAAGAAUGCCAGGGUGAACCAGCUCCUCAAGGUUUCUCUGCCGAAGCUUGCCAACGUCCAGCUCCUGGAUACCGAUGGGGGCUUCGUGCACUCGGACGGUGCCAUCUCCUGCCACGACAUGUUCGAUUUCCUGCAUCUCACAGGCGGGGGCUACGCCAAGAUCUGCAAACCACUCCAUGAACUCAUCAUGCAGCUGUUGGAGGAAACUCCCGAGGAGAAACAAACCAUCAUCGCCUGACCGGCCCGGGCAGAGUGCUAGCUUCCUCCGAUCAGUUCUGUCACUGGCACUACAGAAUCCUUCUCUUUCUUAAGGCACUUUGCAUUGUAGAAUGUUCCGGAUGUUCCCAUAUCUAGUGUUGGGAGGGGAGGAGGGAUCUAAGCUUGUACAUAUAUGGAAGGUUGGUUUGACACGGGAGAAAAAGUUGCCAAGGAAGAUUGUUUGAAUUCAGUUGAAACCAGAAAGGGACUCGCGAGUAACACGUGUGACACGUUCGGUUCCCACUAGGACAGCAUCCAGCCUGAGUGCUGAGCAGAGCGAAGAUUCUUCUCUUGGCCCUUCUUUCUGUGGAGUAUGUCAUGUAUGAUCGUCAGAAUCACACCUACUUGGCUUUAAACCCAGCGUUUCUUUCCAGUUUUUAAGGUUCACGAUUUAGCCUUUUUUUUUUAUCUCGCUUUACUUGUAUGUACUGGCACACAGCGUCAGCCUGGAUGCGGGAGUGCUGGAGUUCCGGCUAUUCUGCUCUCGGUCUUUCCCUCGCCGUCUGGGUGGUAAAGUCUCUCCCCAGGCGGGGGACCCCGGAGGGCAUUGUGUCCGUGCUGCUGACCUGGGCGCACAGCCUUUCCUCGCUGUCCCCCUUCCCUUUUGGGGGGUGGUGGUCUUCGUUGCCAUCACAGAUUUUUUAACCCAUCUUUCACCUGGGCACUCUGGAAGUCCGAGUCCCGGGCCGGUUCCCCUCGGAGCCUGUACUGCUGUGUAGCUCACUGUUGCUUGGUGUUCUGUGCUCUCGAGUCUGUGCAGUGCGCCCAUCUACCGAGUUCUUGUUUGUUGUUCUGCCCCUCAUCCCUGUCACAGUUCCUGUUUGGGAGCCAAGGGGCCCACGGGGAACAAUCUCCCAGAACUCUCGUCUCCUACUCCGUAAGCCCGAGCGUUAUUUCAAGUUUUAAAGUAUCUUUAGGUAUAUAUACUUAAGGUAUAUAUAUAUAUAUAUAUUUUUUUUCUUUUCAAUUGGCCUAGUUUCUAAAUUAUUAUCAGUCCAGAAAAUUUUGGCCUUUUUUCACAGGGAACCACGAAGAGCUGCUCUUCGGAACAGUCAUUUUACAUUUUCCCACCACUAUUGUAAAACAAAGAACUCGGUUUAGUGUAACGUUCAGGGUUUCUCCUUCAUGUAUCUUUGCGGAGGAUUUCUUUCGAGAGUACGCUUUCCGCAUGGCUGACUGGAGUUCGGGAACUGACAGUUUAGUAAACGACGGAACAUGGACAAACUGGAUCUCCACACACAUUUUGGGCUGGACCAGGUGGUGUGAAGUAUACACAUCCAGAUGUGCCUCACAGAGGUUCUGCUGAACGUUCACGUUCCUUUCCUAAGGUGUUAGUCUCCUGUUCUGCUUGCUGGCGGGGGCCUCCUGCCUGCCAGGAGCCCCUUCUUCCGAAGGCUAGAACUCGGGGCUGCUCUUUUCUCCUUUCAAGCUCUUCCUAGGAAUUUUUUUUUUUUUGGUCUUAAAUACAUCCUCUUCUGAAUGUAUCAUGUCUUCAUUAGCAACAGAAAAUACAGUGUUUACUAAACUUGUUUACGAUAUUAAAAUUCCUUUUAUAUUUUUAGUAGCCCGGUUCUUGACUUUCAAGACCGAUUCCACACCCCACCCCGCCCCUCUUAGCUGAAGCAUAGUUCUAGGAAGGAGAAUUAAUGAAGCCAGAACUGUGUGUGUGUGUGAAAAGACAGUUUCCUGCCCAGAUGUUUUGUUUGUUAGCGGGUGGGAGUUUGGUCCGAAUCAGCCCCUAAGGUCACUCCUGCAGCAUGCGCUUUCCACGUCCUUUGGCUGAGCAUUCAAUAACCCCUCACCAGCUGUCCUCCGGCUCCUGUGCUUACGUGCAGAAACUUCGGUGUCAUGGAUAGAGCUACCCCACUGGUAGCCUUUGGACCUCUAGCCUCUUCAAUAAAGUCUGCCCCGUUGCUGAUGUGCAGAGACUGAGUCCGCUUGCAUUUCUUUCCAGCUUCGUUUUGUUUCAUUUUGUUUGCACCGCUUGAGGCAAAAAAAAAUAACCCAUGAAUCUCUUUCUUGAUGGCCAUCACCAAAACUUACUCUUCGCCCCCCUCUUUGGAUUUCUGUCCCUCUUCGUAGACAGGUCGCUAUACAUGUGAUGCAUCGUCCCCGUGAAAUGCCCCCGUCCGUUGUGGUGCAGGGCCAGCGUUGCAGGCAGCUAGCAGAGGGAGUUAACAGUUUCUCUUCCAGCAGGAGCGGAUUCUUCUGCCCACCCGUUUUGUUUUUCUUUUUCCCACAGCAGAUGGCAGCCAUGCUGCCAAGCUGAGGCAUCCUUGGGUCAGCAGAAGCUUGAAGCUGGACUGUCAGGUGUUCUAGAGAUGUGGUGGCUACCACAUAGUCUAGACUUCAGUGCUCAGGAGUACUCUGACUACCGCCUGAAGCACAUUUGGACUGUUUAGGGCCACUGCUGCACCUGACCCAGAUGUCAAGAACCUUAAACUCCGAUCCACCCCCUGGCCCCCACAUUCCCCCUCAAAAAAAAAAAAAAAAAAAGGCAACAAAUCUUGCAUAGCUCAUGCCCUGCUCUUAAAUUCUCUCUGUUAAAAACAAAUUCCAACUUUUUAUUUUUCUUGAACCUAGUCACUGUUUACAGUUGUAUGCUAAAGCCUGAGGUAUUGUCUGUGCUGUGGUUGGUGUAUGAACAUUGCAAAUUUUAUAUUUAUUGCAGUGAAGAAGAGACUAAACGUGUAUGUGGUGAGGAGCAGGACCCGGCUCCUGAAUCCGUGUGGGUGCAUGUGGGAGAAGCGAGCGGGGUUUCUGGAAGGAGGGAUUGUGGGGUGGCUUCUCCCGGGGCUCUGCGUGGGGACCACUGCUGCUAGUUAACUGGACCUCCCCAGAGGACGUUUGUGAUUCUGCUUUGGCAAAGUUUCAUUGACUUGUAGGACUCAUUCUGUUUUAGUGCAUAUUUCAAUAUAAAUGUAAACAUUUCA